AUGGAUAAGUCGGCGUUUGAGCUUCUGAACUACUUGAAAGAAGACGAGAUAAAGACGAUGUACUUCGACAGGAGAUACACAGGCACAGAGGAUGACUAUUUUGAUGAGCUGCUUACAUCGGGAACAAUAUACGUGGGAAAUCUUGCAAAAAACAUCGAAGAGUCGCAGCUGUACGCUCUCUUCUCCCAGUGCGGGCGUGUAAAAAGAGUGAUCAUGGGCCUGGACUCGAAGAAGUACACGCCCUGCGGCUUUGCAUUCGUGCAGUACGAGAGCAACGAGUCUCCGAUGCAGGCUCGAAAGUACUUCUCAAAGUACGCAAUUGGAAGAGCCCCGAUCUACAUCGACCUAGACAGCGGAUUUGCCGAAAACAGACAAUUUGGAAGAGGAUCAAAGGGCGGGCAGGCGAAGGAAGACUACGGCGGAUAUGAAAGAAAAAGAAGACAUGUUUAA